AUGUCGGAGAUGGAGAUUGUGGAAGACCGGGCCAAGCUGAAACAGGGCCUGGUGAAGGUGCUGCAGUGUGUUGCCACCAUCUCUUCUGCUGCGGCUGUGGUCAACCCGAUCUUCGGCGUGGCCGGCUCUCUAAUCCGAGUGGUGCUGCACCACGUGGACGAUGAGGACAUCCAGACGCUGAAGCGCGAGUUUGGCUCUGUCAACCGUGCCCUGGACAAGCUGUCCCAGCAGAACCACAGCGCCCUGCUACAGAUCAAGAAGGAGACGCUGGACGGCCAGUACUGCCGUGUGGAGGAGAACCUGCGCAAUCAGUUCCGCAAGUUCAUGGAGAUGGUGGAGGCGCGGCCCGUGCACUGCGAGCGCAAGAAGGAGGACUUUGAGGAGAGCUACUCCAACGACCUGGGAGACCAGAACCUGCACACACUCUACGAGGGCGUGGUGGGCAAGCCCAAGCUGUUCAGCCGGCCCAUCCUGGAGGUGUACCUGAAGCACUCGCAGGGCGACCGCCGCACCAUGGAGAACCUGUGCACGCGCCUCACAUACCUCUUCUGCAUCGGCCUGAUUGCCCUCAUGGGUUAUGCCGCCGUCAUCGGAGACGACGAGGAGGGUAUCAGCGACGAGUGGGCCGAGAAGAUGGAGCACGUGCAGGAGAGGAUGCAAGAGGCCCUCCAGAAGUGCAAGUGA